GCUACGUUUUGUUUACGAUUUGUAUCUUCGCUCAACUCUUCUACAAGGUACUUAAUUGUACCGAAAACGUAACCUAUUUUUUCAAAGUUUUAGCAGACAAUGAGUUUUAGUUUGUUAGCUACCGAGGGCUCUGAAUGUCCAGAGUGUGGAGAAAAGGCUUUGGUAACGGAAUAUGUUGGGGGUUUUCCAAAGUCGGUGUGUUCAGAUUGCGGUACGGUGCUUGACGAAUCUGACUUGGAUUAUAUUUAUGCUAACGAAGAAGACAAGACAGGUGAUUUUGCAGAUGAAGUGUAUGAAGAAUCUAUCGAUGGACAAGACACCGAGCAAAAUCCAAUAUCCAGUUCGUCUAAGCCGCCAAAGUAUUCCUCUGUGACUGCAAAUUCUGAAAAGGAAAAACCGUUAAAUUAUAAUGGUUCUCAAGAAAACACAGCUUAUUUACAGCAGGCUCCUCGUACAUGUGAAUCGUGUCAUGGACGUAACCUAACACAAGAAUUGAUAAAUGGAAAUGAGCAGUUGAUUUGCCGGGACUGUGGUUAUUUCGUGGAAGAAGAUAACUUUGUCUCAACUCGAGAAGUUGCUGUGAUCGAUGGACAAGGUGAUACCACAUACGGAUGGGUUAGAGCACCAAAGCCGAAAUUCACAGGUGAAGGUCGUCAGCCUCCAGAGGGUAAAACACUUGGAAUCAAAGCCACAAAUGUUGUUAGCAGAGCAUUGAAUCUGGAUGCAGAGCUGACAGAACAAGCAGUGAAGCUGUAUGAAAAAAUUUAUGAGACUGAGGGAGUCAAACGAGCAAGCAUUUCCUUUAAGGAAGCGAUUGGUGCCACCUGUGCAUAUUUUAUAGCAAGAGAAAACGGUGUGCAGGUAACUUUUAAAUUCUUGCAAAAUCAAUCUGGAAUAAAGAACAUAAAGCUACUAACCAAAGCACUUCGAACAGUGGAAAGUGAAAACAGUCAGAGUACAUCAUACCUACGUCUGGAAUCCUUGGUGAGCCCUAUCCUUGCAAAUGCCUGUUUCAGUCCAGAAUUUCAAGUCAAAGUUAGUCAUCUGAUUAGCAUUUGUGAAAAAGGCUGGGUUACACAAGGGAGAAAACAGUCAAAUAUUAUUGUGCCGGCUGCUUACAUAGUAUGGCAGGCAGGAGAUGUCCCCAGGCGCUUUAAGAAAUCUUUAUCUGAAUUUUGCACUGAUUUCAAAUUACAUUAUUUUACCAGAAAUGCUUCUGAGACACUUCAGAUAAUUAGAAACCUUCUCAUUACUCUGGCAAAACAGCUGCCAUGGGUUAAGCCACCAAUAGACAAACGAAAAAUGCUGUUUCAUAUUGAUGACAUCAUAAAAUACCAGCGGACUGUGUUUAGCAAAGUAGAAGGUGAGAGAAAUCUAAGCAAAUCCACAGUUGGUGCAUCUAUACCAAAUGAAAACUGUGUACAUCAGUCUUUACCACCUCUACAUCCUCCAUCUAUGAAUCGUAAGAUGGCAGAGAUUGAUCCUAAAGACCUAGAGAUUUGUCUGCCACAGGGCAUGACUCAUGCAGAUCUUGAUAAACCUGAACUAGCAGAGUCAGAAUUUGAGGAGGAACUUUCAGUGUAUCUUUCAACAGAAGAAGAAGUUCAAGCAAAGAAGAUAUGUUUAGGUUUUAGUCACUGCAGAAAAUGAGUUUUGAGUGGCACAUGCUCACAAAUCUGUCAUUUUGCUACUUGAGCACUACUCUAGAGCAGGUUAGAGAUGAACUACAUAAAGCAUGUGACCUUCUGAAAUGAUGGGGAUGAGGCUGGUCUGCAUGUAAACAAAAGACAGCUAGUGUGCCUUAUUUUUCAGCCAACUUCUUAAAACUAUGCCUCUUUGUGCAGGUUGCAUGCAUGUUGGGACACUUGUACUUCAGGCCAUUCUUAAUCAAGGACAUUAUCAAAGUGUUAUACAUUUGGGUUCCUCAAAGUCCCAUUCUAUUGGCAAACAAUGUUUGGAGUUUGGAUGAUAAUGAAAGUUUCAGUAAUUCAAGCAUUGGGUCCCAGACCAUUAGUUUUCAGUGACCUUCAUGCACAACUUUGCCAGAUUUUUUCAAAUGUUUGAGUAUAUUUGCUUUAAAAUGGCCUUUAGGUAUGUGUGUGCGCGCAUAUCUUUUAUGACUUUUAAGGCUUUUUUUUUUUUGUCAGAUUCAGUGUUCUACAGAAUGUUAAGCAAGGGGAGGUCAUUCAAGUAAAUGAAAGAAAAACAAGAUGUGCAUUGUAGUGCUGUGUUGUUGCCAUUGGUGUGUGUGUUUGUGGAAGGGUAUUGAAGGUGUCAUUGCAGUUGGAAACAAUGCAAUACUAGUAAGAACAGUGGGUGUUCUGCAAUUAGAGAUCAAAACUUUACAUAGAUGUGGUUUUUCCUCAAUAUCAGAUCAAUAUUAGAUCAAUCCAUGUGUUGUUAUCUCCAUCUUCUCAAUUCAACAAAAAAAAUCACAAACUAAUUUGUGACAGAUGAAUAACGUUUACUGACCUGACAAUGUCUUUGCAUAUAAUUGUAUGCUUAACACAGGUUAACUGCCAAGACUGGUGGAAUUUCGAACAAAAGAAACAAUGUAAUAUCAAUGCAUCAUUUAAGUCUUUUCUGCCAUAAACAUAUUUGAUCUUUUUGUGCUCAGUUAUUGUAAGAAGCUUUACUGAUGUUUUUAUUGUGUGACAAUUUUUUUAUUUACAGUUUUUGAUUUCACAUUCCAGUAUUACUAUAGAUAUGAUCGAAUGACUAAUUACUGUUGCUUUCAAUUGUGCAUGGUAUUGUCAUGUGUAUGGAGGAUUUUGGUUGAAGGCUCUGCACAUCCACACUAUUGUUCAAUCCAUUUUCUAGGAAUACUCGUUAUCGACAGGAAGGUCACAUAUAAUAGACUUUGUUUGGUUCAUGAGUUCACUUUAUCUUCUGUUGUUUUGUUUUUCUUUAUUUUGCUUGUUAUAAGAAGCUUUAUUGGUGGCUUCAAGAAAAACUGCUGUGCAAAAUAAAUUUUAAGGACAUUUUCA